AUGCCAGAUGGUAAUCUUUUGAACUUUAGGGACGAUUCUGUAACAUCAGGAUUUGUUAACCCAACAAAAGAAGUAUUUGGUGGAAUUAAACAGUGUCUGAUUUACGAUAUUGUUUAUAAUGAAUUAGACAAGAGUUGUGGAAUAAGUGAGGAAGCAUUACAACUUGAUGUUCCUAUACUUGUCACCCCUGUUAUUCGAAGGAGAUUCCUUAGGCUUAUAUAUAUCAUAUCUAGUAUAUGUAGUUUGGGUAUAUUACCAACUUUAUGUUAUUGGUUUCCUGAUUGGUACCGGUUUUUGAAUUAUUCAGCUUCUACAAUUUCAUCUUGUGAAAGUUUUUUAAUUUUGACAAGAUCUUCCUUUUAUAUUUUUGUUCCGAAAAGGAACUUAACAAAAGGAAAUGAAACUGAUGGAAAAAAUCUAUUUGAUGGUAUUCUUGGGAUUUUAAAGUUCUUUAAUUGCCUUCCAUCUCAACAUGUUUUGAGCGUAAAUAAAAAUGAAGGGAGUUUGAACAAUGGAGCAUUGUUAUAUAGUAUAGCAUAUCCUCUACAAAUAACAUUUUUCAAUUAUUGUGGUUCUAUUUAUAUUUUAGAUACUAUGGAAGGUAGUUUUAAGAAGAUUGUCCCCUCUUUAAAUGAGACUCCAUAUUCAGAGAUUAGGGAUAAAUUUUGGCAUAGAAUACAUAGUAUUAAAGAUCAAAUAAGUAAAUCUCAUUUUACUAAUGUAGAUCUAUUUCGCAGUGAAUUACAGUUUUUAUUUGGCAAAUGUUCUUGUGUUAUCCCAGUAAUUCCUAUAAUUAACAUAAUUUUACGUGAAAUUAUGCAUCCUUUUUUUGUUUUUCAAAUGUUGGCAAUUUUGGUUUGGUCCAGAAAUAGCUAUAUUGAGUAUGCUUUAUGUAUUUUUAUUAUUACUAUGGUUUCUUUAGCAAAUUCAAUAUAUGAAACUAGAUGCAAUAAUGUGAAACUGCAUAUUAUGUCACAACUUGAUUCAAAAGUAAGUAUUAUAUUUAAUAAUACAGAUAUAAAUCAAGGUUUUUUUGAGAAAGUGUUAAACUCUAGUGAACUUGUACCAGGUGACUUGAUUAUUUUACGUCCAGGAAUGGUGAUGGCAUGUGAUGCUAUUAUUUUAAAAUCUGACGUAAUUGUAAACGAGGCAGUACUAACUGGGGAGUCAACCCCAGUACUAAAAUUUCCAAUUCCAAAGCAUUCAAAUGAAUGUUUUAAUCAUGAGAAAGAUACACGUCAUAUUAUUUAUGCAAGAACUACAAUAAUGGGGAUUCAGGGUAAUUCAAAUAUUGGUAUAGCUUUGGUUGUUCGUACAGGCUUUUCUUCUAUCCAAGGGCACUUUCUUCAAUCAGUGUAUAGUGAUAUUAUAACAAAUAGGCUAGAUAACAAAAAUGAUGAAUUUUAUAAUGAUGCAAUGAAAUUUGUGAAGCUUUGUUUUAUCUUUGGUAUUUUUGGGUUUGGAUUUGCGAUUAUGAUUGGGAUUUUACUUAAUUUGAGAACAACUACAGUGAUAUUUCGUUCAAUUGAUAUAUUUACAAUUGUAGCUCCUCCUGCUCUCCCUGCAACUAUUGCAGCAGCAUCUUCGAUUGCUAUUAGCAAAUUAAAGAAGAAAGGAGUUGGUUGUUCUAAUCCAAGUAGUAUAAACACUUCUGGUCAAGUAAAUACGAUGGUAUUUGACAAGACAGGAACCUUGACUUGUGAUGGGCUAGAUAUUGUGGGUUGUUUACCAGUUAGAAAGGAAUAUUCAAAGUCUAUUGGUUUAAUUCUUGGAAAUAUUUGUGAAACCAAUAGUGGUGUACCAGAUAUUCUAAUACAAGCAAUUGCCUCAUGUCAUUCUAUUAGUUUUGUAGAUAAAGAACAUGCAGAUGUACAUUGUAAUGAUGUAGGGUCUUAUUGUAGAUCUAGAGUAGUGGUUGGUGAACCUUUAGAAAUGUGUAUGCUUGAAUUUAGUGGAUGGGAGUUAAAGGAUCAGUAUUCACAGUCAACUUAUAGUAUUGAGAGUAUGUUCAUGGCAAGUGAUUUAGAUAAAUAUGGAAAUAAUUUUAUUAAAUUUAAUGAUGAAAUGAGUCAGUCUAGUUCUGAGAAGACAGUUUGGAAGCAUAUUUUAUAUUGUGAUAAUUCUCCUGCACGUUCUGUAUGUAAGAAGAGAUCUUCUAAUAAUUUUAGUUUAACUACUAAAUGUUGUAAUGAAUUAGAAAUACUCAAGGUUUAUGAAUUUAAUUCUAAAUUACGCCGUAUGACAGUUAUUUGUAGGGAUCCUAAUAAUCCAAAUAACCUUUUGAUCUUUUCUAAGGGAAGUCCAGAACACAUAAAGAAUAUCUGUAGUACUCAUACUCUACCACAAAAUUUGGAAGAUUGUAUGCUAUACUACUUGCACAAAGGGAUGAGAGUUUUAGGCUUUGCUUAUGGUUUAUUAAAUAUUAAAAAUAAAGAAGCUAAUUCACUUUUGGAGUUACUUAAAAGGGAUGAAGUUGAAAUAGAUUUAACUUUUUUAGGGCUUAUGGUUUUUGCUAAUAAAUUGAGACCUUCAAGUUCAAAUGUUAUUUCUACUUUGAAAAGUGCUCAUGUUAACUGUAUUAUGUCUACUGGAGAUCAUGCUUAUACUGCUAUUUCAAUAGCAAAAGAAUGUGGUAUUCUUCCAAGUGAUAUCAAUGUAAGUGAAUUUUCUGAAAAUAUAGUGGUAAUAGGAGAUGUUAAGGAAGAUAAAGACUCAAAUAUAAUUGUUUGGUCUGUACUUAAGGAUGGUGGCAGGUCUGUAGAAGUAUUUUAUAGUAUUCAUAAAAUAUUAAUGAAUUAUGAAUUAGAAAAAAUAUCUUUUGUAGUAACUGGGCAUUGCCUACGUCAAUUAUGUCACAUGCAUAAAUAUUAUCAAUUAGAAUAUCUUGACCUUUCAAAAACCAGAGAUUUUGAUUCUUUUACUGAUAAGUCAUUGACUCGCAUAUUUAGAAAAAAGUACUUGAAAUCUAUAUUCAAAGAUUUCAACAAUAUAUAUGGGAGCUCUUUACCAUUCUGGCUUUUAACAGAUUCAUGCCAAAUAGAGAAAGAUGAAUACAGGAGUGGUAUUGAAAAUAUACUACCACUAGGGAAAGAAAUAGAAAAGUCCUAUAGAAGAUAUAUUCCAAGGCAUUUAGAUUGUACUAGAGGUAGAUCAUCAUUUAUAAUAUCAAUGGUACAAAGUGAUUAUGACAAACAUACUGAUUUACAAAAAAUGGUUCUAGUUUAUGACACUAUAUCAGAUAAAACUAUCUGUUCAAUUAAAAUAUCUGUAUUUGAAUUCAUAUUAAGGUAUUGCAAAGUAUAUUCUAGAAUGACUCCUGAUGACAAAGCAUUACAUAUAAAAUCUCUACAAGACUUGAUUCCAAAUCCUGUUGUUGCAAUGUGUGGUGAUGGAAAUAAUGAUCUACUAGCAUUGCAGACAGCCAAAGUAGGUAUUGCUAUUGGUGAUCAUGAAAUUUCAGCUAUAGCUGCAUUUUCAACAUGUAGAAAAGAUAUAGAGUCUAUUCCAGAUAUUUUAUUAGAAGGCAGAGCUGCACUAACUUCAACUAUUCAGACUUUCCAAUUUGUAGUUAUGUAUAUAUUUAUUCAGUUCUCAUCAGUAAUAUAUUUAUAUUCAAGAGGUACAAAUUUAACUGAUCAUCAAUACAUCUGGUGUGACUUAGUCACAUUUCUGCCAUUAUCAAUUACUGCAGCAUUGACAAAAACUGCAAAAUAUCUCCCCUCGGACUUUCCAGCUUAUAGUAAGAUUUUAAGCUUCAAUGUUAUAUUUGGACUACUGGCCCAAAUUUGUAUACAGAUAAUAUUUCUAUGUAUAAAUAUUUUUAUAGUUACUUCUCAAACUGAUUUCUAUCCUUAUAUUAUUAAUAAAGAUCUAAUAGAUAAUUUUGCUAAUGCAAGCUUACAAGUCUGUCCUGAGAACACAGUAGUAUUCCUAACUUCUUGUAUUCAAUAUGCUGGGGCUGCAUUAUCUAUAUAUAAGACAUUACCAUUUAGGCUUUCUUUGAUUACAAACAAGGCGUUUAUCAUUCAUAUUUCAUUCAUAAUAUUAACUACAGCGUCAGUAUUGUUAUUUUGUGGUGAUGAUUCACUUAUGUAUAGAUUCCUUAAUAUUGUGGAACUCCCAAAUAUAUCUUCUUUUAUAUUAAUAUUUACUUUCAUAGCAAAUAUAGUACUUGGAGUGGUCACAAUGCAAUACCUAUUGAAAUUCAUGCAACGUAGAGAGAAGUACAUAAAAGGACCUGCCCUUUUUCCUCAACUACAUCCUCUAAUUCUACCUGGAAGUACUGUUAAAUGGAAAAUUGGUGGUACUCAUAGCAGUCAAUUUGUAGAUUAG